AUGUGGAUAGCCAUCGCCGCCACCUUCUGUCUCCUCGCUUCUGAGUUUGCUUCCCUGCAAUUCCGACAGCAAAGGCCAGCAGCAGAAUCAGCGGAAACCCCUGUCGGAAGCAUCCACCCACCAGCCUCCGAAAUCCCCAUCCCGCGGCAGAUAUGGCAGAUAUUCUUCCCCCCGCCAGGCGUCAAGACGCUUGACAAAGGCAGCACAUAUGCUUCCGACUGGGUGUCGAUGGCCCCAGGCUACGGGUACGCAGUGUUGGGCAACGAGGAGGCCGCCGCGUUCGUCGACGGCAGCUUUGCAUCCCGCCCCGAGAUUGCCGCCACAUUCCAUGCGCUGAAGAACCCGGCGCUCAAAUCCGACUUCCUCCGCUACCUCCUGCUGUGGCACCGCGGAGGGACCUACAGCGACAUAGACACGCGGCCCCUCGUUCCGCUGGAGGACUGGGUCCCUGCGGGGAAGCGGCGCGAGAUCGGCCUUGUUGUCGGGCUGGAGUGGGAUGCAGCACGGGACGGCCACUACGCGGAUCCCUGGACGCCCGACGUGCAGUUCUGCCAGUGGACGAUCGCGGCGGCGCCCAACCAUCCCGUCCUAGCCAGGAUGGUCAACUAUACUAUAGCCGCGCUGAGCUAUGUGGCGCGGCAGCAGGGCAGGACACUGGACCAGGCCGAUUUCUCGGACUUCCAGAUCCUGAACUCCACCGGUCCUCUAGCGUGGACUGACGUCGUCUCCGAGUCGAUCAGGGAGCGCGACCCGCAGGUCUCGGGCUUCCGCGACUUCCUCGGACUCCGGUCGCCGAGAUACAUUGGGGAUAUUGUCGUGUUGCCAGUCGAGAAGUUUCGGGCUGAGUUCGCGGACGAAUGGGGUCUCAAUAUCUGGCGCAAGAAUCGCAGGGCGCUUGUACGACAUUAUUACAAUGGAGGGUGGAAAAGGGAUGAUUAGAGCGGGAUUUGUAAUUGCAACCGACAUUGACAGAUUCCGACUGAUAAACUUGUAGUCACGCUAGGCUAUUGGUACUAGUCUGCGUAAAGCACACUAGUGACUAGCGGGGAUGGGCCGUCUUGAUAAUAAGGGAUUUAGAGAUAUGAACUAAAAUCCUCAAUGCACAGACAAUAGAUGCAGUAGUUUUGGUCAGUCAUGCGCCUGCGGCGUAGACGGACACAGAAACGGAAGC